AUGGAGGAUAAAAGAGAAUUACUUAAACAACCAAUUCAUGGUAUAUAUAUUCCUAUAGGGUUAAUCUUGUUUGGUACAUGGAUCUUUGGUUGGGAGUAUAUGCCGUAUUCAAUAGGAUUUAUUGUUGUUAUAGUGUCUAUACAAUAUUAUGCUGCCUUGAGACGUGCUUCAUCCAUGCAUCAUAUUAAAUGGCAAGAGUUUGAAUUGUUGGAUAAGACAUUAAUUGCUCCCAUGACAUCGAUUUAUCGUUUCAAAUUAAGAAGAGAAGAUGAAGUGUUAUACAUUCCUACUGGACAUUCUUUAGCUUGCUGUUUUAAUAUUGAUGGGAAAGAUGAGGUUAGAUAUUAUACUCCGAUUUCUAAUCAAUUUGAUAAAGGGUUUUUCGAUAUUUUGGUUAAACAUUAUGAACACGGUGUUGUCACGAGAAAAUUGGCUAAUCUUCAAGUUGGACAGACAGCUCAGUUCAGGGGACCAUUUGGGAAAUUGCAGUAUGUGCCAAAUCUGGCUAAAGAGUUGGCUUUAGUUGCAGGAGGCACUGGUAUUACCCCAAUGUUACAAGUGAUUACUGCCAUCAUCACUAAUCUUGAAGAUAAUACCAAGAUUAAAUUGUUAUUUGCCAAUAACACCGAAAAAGAUAUAUUAUUAAAAGAUGAAUUGGAUAGUAUGGCACAAAAGUAUCCAGGUUUGGAAAUUAAAUAUGUCACGGGAAAAUUUGUCGAUAAAGAACUGUUUGAAUUUUUGCCUUCACCAAGUUCUGAUGCAAAAGUAUUUAUUUGUGGUCCCCCAGCAUUUGUUGAAUAUAUCAAUGAAAUGACUAAAGAUGCUGGAUUUGAAAAAGAUCAAGUGUUCUGCUUUUAA